GGCCCACUGGCUGCGGUGGGCAGGGAGCUACUGCUGAAGAGGAUAUGAGGAGCAAUCGUGGAAGAGGAGUCAGUCCGACCUUGUCUGGCUCACAGUCCUGCGCCUGGUUGUGCGUAAACGCUGCGAAAAUAGUUUGCGGCGUUUGAAGCCCCUUCCGGCGCGUACAACUUUGGCCUCCAUUCAUGCUUUUCAUUCGCAACACAUCCACGUCAGGAAUAGAUCAACACUACUCCAACCUCUUCCGCAUAUUGGAUUUCUAUGCAAAGAGAAGGUCGCCAAUGCCACCGAAAAGAUUUGGGAAAUGAAGACUGCAGCUGACACGGAAUCAGUAUUUUUGGACUUUUGGUGCGUUUCUCCGCGAUUUUGAUUUACAGCUUUUCUUCAACUCGCGAACCAUUUGCUCCCAGUGUUGGAAUACUCGUUGCAUUGCUUGAAUCCGAACAUAAUCGAGCUCUGGAUCCGCCUGUGCUGUGCAUUGGACAGUGCACACAUUCAAAUCAUAAUGCAUGAUAUUUAGGGUAAUCUGUCACUAUCCAAAGUGCUAAAUUAAGCCGUAAUGGCGAACGAGUGUAAUCGCAACAUUGUAGAAAAGUAUAUCAGCCAUAAACUCUCCAAGCAGGGCUACGAGUGGGGAUUCGACGAUGACCAAGAUGAAGAUGCUGCUAACAACGGGUCAUUAGUUGCCCCUCCGCCGACUCUGGUCCACCGGUGCCGUGAAGCGAGCUCCGGGCCUGACAGCGACAACAUCCACUGCACACGGCAACCCCAGUCCGAUCCGCACGCAGCCAUCCACAGAGUCCUUCGCGAGGCUGGAGAUGAACUUGAGAGACUAUACCAGCCGGACUUUACGGAGAUGUCUCGGCAGCUGUAUCUCACCUCCACCACGGCGCAGAGGAGGUUCGCCGAGGUGAUAGACGAACUGUUCCGGGACGGGGUGAACUGGGGCCGGAUUAUUGCCUUUUUCGAAUUUGGGGGCACAGUGUGCGUGGAGUGCGUGUCCAAGGAGGAGAUGACAGCUCAGGUGGACAACAUCGCGGAGUGGAUGACGGAGUACUUGAAUGGACCUCUGAACAGCUGGAUAGAAGAUAACGGUGGAUGGGAUGCCUUUGUGGAGCUGUACGACAGACAGAGGGACUCCGUCUUCUGCUCCUGGCCCUCCAUUAAGACUGUGUUCGGUUUGGCAGCACUCGGGGCAGCUAGCCUCACCAUCGGCGCGUACCUUACACAGAAGUGAACAAGCCCUUUUUUUCUACAAGCAAGACUUUAUUCCUCCUCCUCCUCUUAUUCCUUAUGCCUCCUGUUUCUUCUUUUAAAGACGCCCCUGACCCCUCAGAGACAACCUUCAGAUUCUUCCGAAUCUGGCUCUCUUCAAAGCCCUCGCUCAGAAAAACUCCCUCUUUCUCGCCCCUUCACGUCAAAACAGACACAAAUCAAAAACAACUGGAGCAGCCAGAUGCACGGCCUGAACUGAGAAAAGGACGUACUGGAAAAGAGGCAGCUUAGAUGUAAUCGCACUAAGCUGGGAACAACUGAGGAGAGAGGAGGAUUUAUUUUUUGUUCUGCCUGCUUCUGUACUAGUUAUAGCAUGAAUGUUGAGUGUUAGCUUAGACGUUGCAUGUGUCACAGCUCAUGCGGGACCUCUAUUUUGGAGGCCUUGAUGAUGGGGGGGUUAAGGACAAUGACAGCCCACACUGGGGAGGAAGCGGCGAAGGCCCCGCCCCUGCUUGUUAGGGUGAAGAACCCUGUUUGAACUGUGACUGACUCCAGUUACCCACUCCACCCCACCCCUGCAGCCGUCCUUCAAAGGACUUCCUCCACCGAGCAGAACAGCUGCUCAGAAUGUAUAAUGGAAAAUGCUCGCUACAACCAGCGAGUUUGUGUGUCUACUGCUUCAGACAGCUCCAGUGAACUCUGAACACACUGCACCAUUAUACACACCCUGCCUGGACUUAAACAUGUAGAAGAAGAGCAAGUGGAAGACUGAGGUUUGGCAGGAAGCCAUUUGGCUUUUACUUUGGUGUUAACUUUUGCAGCAAACCCCAAAUUACGGUAUUACUUCAGAAAAAGAGGAGAUUUUUUUUCCAGGAGUGAUGCAAAAGAAGCCUGUGCUGCAGAAAAAUGUCAACUGUUAAUGCAUAUACUCAGAAAAGUUGAGCGCUGCACAAAAAAAGUAAGGUAGAAGAAGAAGAAGCAAACAGAUUCCAUUCUGCAUCUUAAGAAAGAAGUACCCAAGCAACAAAUUUCAAAGUGCAUUCCUUGAGCAAAGUGACAUGAACGACUAAAAGCAUCCUCUCUAAAAGCAUCAUCAUGCAUUUCUAAAAACUAUCACUUCUUUUCUAUUUUCUACCUCUGCGGCAGCUUAUUCAUUUUUAACUUGGUCCAUUCAUAGUCAGAUUGUUUGGGCUCACUGAGGGUUGUCAGCAUGAAUCCUCGGGGCCUCACAGUGACUCUGUAAUGCAAGAAUCCACUUGAACAAAGACGCGUGUUGACGUGGACUGAGAAGACCUCGCCUGGCCUCUGCAGUAGGGUUUCAUUUUUAGGACAGAAGCCAGUGUGUCCCGCGUGCUGGAACCUGAGAUGUCCCUCCUCUCCUGGUCUCACUGAUGCAUCCCGUCAUUGAUUCGCUCCUCUCAGCCUGUUUUAUCGAUGUUUGUCUUGUGUUACAGUCGGAUAGAAAUUUAGGAAACGCUCACAGGCUCCAAAAUAUUUUGUUGUCUACAGUACUUAGCAAGUUGGACAAGUGGUUAUCUUUCUUUCUUUCUUUCUUUCUUUCUUUCUUUCUUUCUUUCUUUCUUUCUUUCUUUCUUUCUUUCUUUCUUUCUGUCAUCUAAAAUCUUCAACUUCUCUGUUGCAUGGAGGAAAGAUGCUGUGUGUCACACAGAAAUUCACUGUGUGUAAUCCUAUUUAUAACAGAAUAGGCUAGAAGAUAACAAAUAACAGUGGAAAAAGUUGUGUUUUCUAUUUAUUGAGAGGUACAAGAUCACAGAUUUUUUAACAGGACUUUGAUGAAAAAUUAAUUUUCACUUUUUUCUAUUCUACGGAAUCACACUGUAAUGUCAUUUUCUUCCUGGCUGCUACUAUAACAAGAAAAAUGUUUAAAAAGUGAAUUUAUGUGUCGUAUUCAUAUUGGCUUAAGGCUGCUAUACUGUCGAUUUUUAACUUUUCCUUACAGCUUAAACUGCCACAGAUUUACAGUAUAGUUCUAGAGAGCUGGAAACCAAAGUUAACUUGUAUUCAUCUUUAAUUUAAAAAUAAAUGGUAGCUUAACAAGAAUACAUGUCGCUUUCCGUUGCUGAGUCUAUUCAGUGAGGGUUUUGUCUAGUGUUACUGUAAUAUAUCAGCUUAACAUCGUGCUCCGAUGAUAACUCAGUGCUUCUCUUUAAAAGGUCAACCUGCCGGAUUUAAAGCUUGUCUCAGUUAUCACCACAAACCAACCUAAUGUCAUUAAAACAGCCCAGUGUGUGCUGUUCGUAGUGAUGUGUGUGUAAGAGGAAAACAGUCUAACAGCAAUAUACUGUAAUUUUUAUAUUCUCUGUGCAUAUAUGAAUGUAGACACUAUGGUUGCUGUACUGUUUUAUGUCUAUAAUCACAAUCCUGUAGCACUUAAAUAAAGUGAAUUGUGUUUCUGUUGUUUACUGCUAUAUCCACGAUAAGCUAGCGGGAUCAUAUUGUUCCUAAUAAACCAGAUUUCUCAAGCAGCUGCA